CUGGCUCCCCUCCUGUUUAUAGUGUAUUCCCUCCUCCAGGAUCCUGAUACGUGGCUGUUUGGAAGAGCCGUGGUGUGACCUCCUGUGCUGCAGCUAGCCGAUCCCUGCCCUGCGCAGCUGGAGUCUGCUGUGAAACUCAGCGUUGCACUGCAAGCCUCAUCAAGCCGUCCUGGAUGGCAGGGACACACUGGUGCAAAGACUGCCGAAACCACAAGGUUUAAGAAGGUGCAGGAGAGGCCUGUUUUUCUGAAAGUGUGCUCCACUUGCAGCAUUACUGGGUGCAAGGGCUUUUUGGACCGUGGGACGGAUGAAAGGUGGAAGCUGUAGGAAGCCCAGCUGGGCUUUAGCUGCUCUGUUGAUCCCAGUUACCCUGCUGAUGCUGACCUCCAGAGGGGCAUCAAGCAGCCACAAGAUGACACAAUCCGCUAUGGCUCAUGCAACAGCCACUGCUGCAGGACCCAGCCCCAGCUUGACAGAUUACCUCCCAGACCUCCGGGCAGUAGCAAACUUCUUAUACAGCGAACAUGCUCAUGUUUGGCUCUUGUCCCUGGUGGGCUCUGUUGCUGUCGGCCUCAGUGGGAUUUUCCCCCUUCUUGUGAUUCCCAUCGAAGCUGGAGCAGCCCUUAAAACAGAAGCUGGUGGCCAGAAGCUGAAACAGCUCUUGAGCUUUGCUAUUGGUGGUCUCCUUGGUGAUGUAUUCCUUCACCUCCUUCCUGAGGCGUGGGCGUUUUCUGGCUCUUCAGCUGGUAAACAUAACCACUACAUGACCCAGGGCUUGUGGGUAAUCGUUGGACUGUUGGCCUUUCUCCUCCUGGAGAAGAUGUUCCCAGACCAAGACGGCCACGAGGACCCCAUUUCAGAUUCAGACCUGAAUUCUAACUCUGCUUCGCAGUCUAAUUCAGCUUUCAGUGGAAAGGCAGUGGCAACACCCAAAAAUGUGCACCAUGCUGAGUCAUGGAAAUCCUCCAAGCAGCAGAGUCUGCAGGAAAGAUCAGAGAAAAUCAAGAUAAGUGGAUACCUAAACCUCCUGGCCAACUGCAUUGACAACUUCACCCAUGGACUGGCAGUAGCAGGAAGUUUCCUGGUUAGCAAAAAGGUUGGGUUCCUCACCACCUUUGCCAUCCUGCUCCAUGAAAUCCCCCACGAGGUGGGAGACUUUGCCAUUCUGCUGAGGGCCGGAUUUGACCGGUGGAGUGCUGCCCGCUUGCAGCUGUCCACGGCGCUGGUUGGUGUCUUAGGAGCUUGCUUUGCUCUGUGCGCUCAGUCACCAGAAGGCACAGAAAAUGCCACUGCCUGGAUAUUGCCUUUCACCGCUGGAGGCUUCCUCUACAUAUCAUUGGUGAAUGUGGUGCCUGACCUGCUAGAGGAGUCCAGUUUAAGGCAGUCCCUACUGCAGAUCAUGCUCAUUUUCUGUGGCGUGGCUGUCAUGGCUGUGCUCUCUGCAGUUGUUGAGUGAACAUAGAGGAAAACCCCCUCUCGCCUUAACCAAAAAGUAAAACUCAGCAUUCUCCACCAACCCCUUAUAUCUGGUACCUCUCAUUCCUAGGAAACCUUUCAUUAAAUUACACUAAAGUAAAUAACUGACAGAAGAACGGCACUUUACGGAUUUAUAGUAUGACUGAAAGGAAGACCUUCUUGAUCUGCUGAUGGGGCAUUUGUGUGGACAAAAUGUGCCAGGCUUAAACCUCAAGGGAAUUAAGAGGGUUUGUAUGGAUCUCUGUUACCAAAUUGUCUUAUAUUGUUUAUCAGACAAUCAUUGUUUUGCACACACAUUUACACAGGUACACUUGAUGUACCAACUCCACAGAAUAAGUAUUUUUAGACCUGUACAAGGACUUUUUUUCUUUAAAAUGUAUUCAACCAUAAAUUGUUUAAAACAUUGUAUGUAUUGUUACUGUUUCUGAUGUAGCUGCUGCAUAUUUAUUGAAAAUUUGACAAGCAACAUAUAGUUUUAUCAGACGUGCGCCACCACUUCAUAAUUUUGUGUUAUUGAGAAAUAAGUGCCAAGAAGUCAGGAUGGUCUGUUACACUAGUGACAGGUCUACACCAAAGUACUUUUUUUUUUUUUUUUUUUUUUUUCUCUUCUGUAUCUUCUCUGCACCUUUUGAUCUUUGCUUAAAUAAAUAAUUGUGAUAAAGCUGAAAAUAAGACAAAGAUUGCUACCAUUUGUUAAUAUUCAGUUUUGACUUCUACUUAAAAUAUUUUGAGACUAGGGACGCAUAACAUCAACUUUUAAAAAUCGUAACCAUGCAGGAUUAUUGAUAGCAUUAUGUUGAUAAACCUUUUGGUGACAUUUUCCACCCCUGAAGAAAUAAACUAACAUGUCUGACAUCUAUAUAGAAGGAUAUGCUGUUUAUCAACUUCAUGUCAAGAAGACCACACGUACUAUCUCAGUGAGAUUAGGAUAUCCUGAUAUUGAUUGGUAGACCUGUGUGAAGGUGAUGAGGCAGCGCAGCGCAUUGCUGCACAAAAACCUGUACACCGUGAGCAUAUGUUUUCACUGCAAAUAUAUGCCUAAAAUGUCAUAUGGCAGUGGAGGGAGGGGGGUAUUGAUUGUGUGUUCACACUUGUCCAAUUUCAACACAGUCUGUUUGGCAAGCUUCUGUUGCCAUAACGACUCCACCGCGGGUUGCCUUCCUUAGUCAUCAGCCUGUGCUGAGCAGCCUAUUGUCUGUGGGAGCCGUCUUCGGUCACAGCACAGAAGGACAACAAACAACCACUAUGUACACUAGUGCAAACAAGAGUGACAAAUCAUUUAUUCAUAGUGUGUUCCCAAAACUGCAUAGUUUGUCGUGUUACAUUUCUGGAGUCUGAAUUAAAAGGUCCGAUCUUGUGGUUGACAAUUA